CAUCCAUCCUCAGUCUCGCUCUCAACUCGCCUUCCCCCCCCCCCCAACGUCUCGACCGUCCCGUCGCUGCCCAUUACUCGCAGUCAACACACGCCUGCAUCACUGCAACUCUGCAUCCUACCAUUAGGCGACAGGCCACAGACAACAUCAUUCCGCAUUGGAGGCGAGUGAGCUUGUCCACUCGUCCCCAAUGAACGGCCUGUCGGUCAAACGCCCCUUCUCUGCAGUCUCUGACAACGACUCGUCUGAGCAUCGACCGUCAAAGUUGGUCAAACGCGCACCAAACGCGACGAAUACAGUCGAGAGGAACUGGGGAUCGUGGUUCGGCAGCGCUGUGCAGAGCUUCAAAGGCUUGUUCUCCUCACCUGGCCCAACUCAACCGCCAAUGCGGUCGAUAUCACCUCUGGCAUCACAUCCACGCGGGGCACUGGGAUGGAUCCACAGCGGCGGUCACCAAGUGUUCGAGGUCCCGGAUGAUGGCGAGGACAGUGGCACCGAGGCCCUGGCCAUACGCCAGAAACGUGAUCGUGGAACACUAGAAGCUCGACAGCAUCUCAACGACCACGCCGCAAGACAUACAGGGAUUCACCACAACCCGGGACAAAUUCACCCGAACCUCGAGCAACCAUUGUUUUCGUCCAAGUAUUCGCCAAACUUUCUUCCCCCAUCUGAACAUGUAAACGUCAGGAGCUCGUCCACCAACAGCAGUUCUUCGGCAGCUGGGCCUUCUUCCGGGCCUUCCACUCCACCAAGAGCCUCAACCCGGCCCGACGUUGCGUACAAGAAGCCUAGCCGGAGUUAUUCUUGGAAAAGGCAGGACGAUGGCUCGGCAUCGCCAACCACGCACGAAGCCUACACCCGUGGGCCGAAGCAGCUAUCACGUCCCUCAAAGAGCUCAGCAAACCUCCGGACUGGGCGCAAUGACUCUGGGCAAGAAAAGAUGUUACAGAGGCAUUAUGUUGAAGCUGUCAACGCCGGGGACCACGGUACCGCGAUGAGCUUGGCUCGAGUGCGCGAGGCGUACGAGCAGGAUCGCUCAAAGGAAAGGCGAGAUGCUGCACGGCCAUUCGCAGCAAGGGUGGGACUGUCGCCCGACCUGCGAAAGGAGGGUGAUCUGUCGUUGUCGCUUCACAACCUCAAGCUGGACGUGGACAAGCGCAGGCUUCUGGAUGACAAGCUCCAAGGCCCUCGCGAACCAAGGGCCGUCCCAAAACCAAUCCGCAACAAGCGGCGCCCAGUUCCGACAUCGCUGGAUGUUCAGAAGACGCAUGUCUACGAUCGAUUGCGCCGCGAAGACCAAGAGGCCGAACGGCAGGUCAAGGAGCGCUUGCAGCCCCGCAUACCCGACGAUGUCACCCCGCAACAGGCCGCCAUUAUCAGAGAUCGAUUUAGUGAUCGCAGCUUCGCGGCGACUCUGGGGAGUGCGGAACUAUCGUCGAGCUCACUCCAGCGUCUGAAGCCUGACGUGUGGCUGAACGACGAAGUUAUCAACUUCUAUGUCGAGCUGAUCAACACUCGCGCCAAAGAUGACGGACGACCGCUGCACUGCCUGAACACCUUCUUUUACGAAAAGCUGUCGGUAGCAGGAUAUGCCGGGGCCAAGCUGGCUCGUUGGACUAAGAGGAUGAAGCUCGACAUCUUCGCAUUGGACAAGCUGUUGAUCCCGAUCAACCACGGCAAUUCGCAUUGGGUCUGUGCUGUGAUAAACUUCAAGCAGCGUCGCAUCGAGUACUAUGACUCGCUAGCCGACUCGGGCCGCCGAUACGAGGUGUUCAAGACACUUCGCGGCUACCUUCAGUCGGAGCACCAGGAGAAGAAGGGCUCGUCCUUUGAUUUGAGAAAAUGGGAGGAUCAAUUUGACCCGGACACGCCCAAGCAGAACAACUACACAGACUGUGGGGUUUUUGCUUGCCAGACUCUCGAAUCCACCGCCCGCGGCCGCGACUUGGUCAAGCAAAAGUUCGAGUUUGAUGGCGACAACAUGGCAUUCUUCCGGCGACUCAUGGUGGUGGAGAUUGCAUCGGGCGCGCUUGGGGCGCGCCCAUGGGGCACGUAA